GUGUGUGUGAGAGAAAGAGGCGAUUCAAUCCAAAAGGUAUCAGACUCUUUUUUUCUAGCUCUUUCUUCUCUUUUAUUUUUUCCUUACCCCAAAAUCACCAUUCAACACUCACGUUUCUGUCACUUUCUCUUUGUUUCGCAUUCUUUUACACAUUUAUUUCCAUACGUUUUAGCUUGUCUUGUCCCUUCCCUCUAAAAAAAAAAAAAAAACAAACUUUGAAUUUGACAUGGAACGUUACCAAGCACUUGAAAAGAUCGGCGAGGGUACAUACGCAACUGUGUACAAGGGCAAGAACCGGUCUAAUGGCGACGCAGUGGCUCUGAAAGAGAUUCGCUUGGAUUCAGAAGAAGGUGCACCAUCAACAGCGAUUCGUGAGAUUUCAUUGAUGAAGGAACUACGCCAUCCUAAUAUUGUGCGAUUGCAUGAUGUCAUCCAUACUGAAAACAAGCUCACCCUUGUCUUUGAAUACAUGGACCAGGAUUUGAAGAAAUAUAUGGACCAGCAUGGAAACCGUGGCGCUCUUGGACAUAUUGUGAUUAAAGCAUUCAUGUAUCAGCUACUCAAGGGUGUGGCCUUCUGUCAUGAGAACAGAGUUCUUCAUAGGGACUUGAAGCCUCAGAACCUGUUGAUCAAUCGUAAAGGUGAACUCAAGUUGGGUGACUUUGGUUUAGCAAGAGCUUUCGGCAUUCCUGUCAACACGUUUUCUAACGAAGUGGUCACCCUUUGGUAUCGUGCGCCCGAUGUUCUUCUCGGCUCCAAGACAUACUCGACAUCAAUCGACAUUUGGUCAGCGGGGUGCAUCAUGGCGGAAAUGUAUCUGGGUCGUCCAUUGUUUGCAGGAUCCAAUAACCUUGACGAAUUGAUGAAGAUCUUCAAGGUGAUGGGUACACCGACAGAAGAGACUUGGCCUGGAGUUUCAAAGUUGUCAGAGUAUAAGAAGGACUUCCCUUACUAUCCACCCAAACCUCUUUCGUCUGUAGUACCUAUGAUUGACACAUUCGGCAUGGAUCUGCUAAUGCAAAUGCUGAUCUACCAGCCUCAACGGAGAAUCACAGCCAAGGAUGCACUGAACCACGUAUACUUUAAUGAUAUCCGAGGAUACGCUAAUAUUCAGCAGCAACAGCAACAGCAAGCGCAAGCAGCGCAGCAGCAGGCAGCACAGAUGAAUGGACAGAUGAUGCCGCAACAAGGUCAGCAGGGCCAAGCACCUAUCUCUUCAAGUGCUCAGCAACAGCAUGUGUACCAACAACAGCCUGGUAUUCCACAGCAGCCUCCUUUGCCAUACCAAGCUGUGCAGAUGCAGCAGCAGCAAAUUCUCCAGCAACAACAGCAACAACAACAGCAGCAGAUGCAGCAGCAGCAGCAGCAACAACAGGCAUAUUCUCAACAACAGCAGCUGCAUUCCAUGCCUCAGCAUCACUAGUCCAAAUAUGAGGCAACAAACAAGAUCUCCCUUUUUUUUUUUUUAUCCUAGC